GGAACCGACCACUCGAGGACACCGAACCCCUCGCUACCAGAUCCGGAUAGCACGUCCCACCGGGGUGGCAGCACCCUGACCGCCCGCUUCUACCCAUCCCCCCCCCCCCCUCCAUCACGCACACCUCGCACACACACACCACACCCGUGCACGCACUCCAUAUACGCACCCCAUAUACCCAAAUCCAUCCGACGCACCGUUUCGGAAUACGCAGAGAGCGUUACACUCUGUAGAUAACCUACCUCUCCUAGGCGACGUAGCUAUCGAGGGCACAUAAACGGUGGCCCCCCACCAUGUCCGGUCCUGACCCCGCCCCCGCCCCCACCCUCGCCGAAGGGCAGGAGAAGAUCAUCCUCGCCAUCAACGCCGGCUCGAGCUCCGUCAAGAUCUCCGCCUACGCCGCCCGCCGCGGCCGCGAGCCCCGCCAGAUCGCCGAGGCCCAGGUCAGCGGCCUCACCGCCCCGCCCGCCCGCCUCACCUACACCCGCGGCGGCAAGGGCGCCGGCGUCCGCGUCCGCGACGGCGAGGAGCUGCCCCCCUCCGACUCCGACCGCGGCGCCGUCACCUCCCAGGACGAGGCCUUCUCCCUCCUGCUCGCCGUCUUCGUCGACGACCCAGACCUGCCCGAGAUAGGCUCCGCCGCCGACAUCGCCAUCGCCUGCCACCGCGUCGUCCACGGCGGCGACUACGCCCACGCCGUCACCAUCACCCCCGACGCCCUGCACCGCCUCGAGCGCCUCACCGACCUCGCUCCGCUCCACAACGCCACCUCCCUACGCAUCAUCCGCGCCUGCACCGCCGCCCUGCCCGCCUCCGCCCACAACGUCGCCCACUUCGACUCCCAGUUCCACGCCAGCAUCCCCCCCCACAUCUGCACCUACCCGCUCGACCCGGAGAUCGCCCGCAACAACCAGCUGCGCAAGUACGGCUUCCACGGCAUCAGCUACGCCUUCCUCGUGCGGGCCGUGUCGCGCUUCCUCGGCAAGCCCGCCGACGCGCUCAACCUCAUCGCCCUGCACCUCGGCAGCGGCGCCAGCGCGUGCGCCAUCCGCGGCGGCCGCAGCUGGGACACCAGCAUGGGCCUGACGCCGCUCGCCGGGCUCCCCGGCGCGACGCGCAGCGGCAGCGUCGACCCCAGCCUCGUGUUCCACUACGCGAGCGACGUCGGGCGGCUGUCGCCGGCGUCGACGCGCGAGCUGCACAUCUCGGUCGCCGAGGAGAUCCUUAACAAGCAGAGCGGGUGGCGCGCGCUGACGGGGACGACCGACUUCGGGCACAUCGCCGCGGCGCGCGCGUCGGACCCGGCCUGCAGCCUCGCCUUCGACCUGUUCGCGAACCGCGUCUGCGGCUAUGUCGGCUCGUACUACGUGGCGCUGGGUGGCGAGGUGGACGCGCUCGUGUUCGCCGGCGGCAUCGGCGAGCACAGCGCCGCCCUGCGCGCCGCCGUGGCCGGCCAGGCCGCCUGCCUCGGCUUCGCGCUCGACGCGGCGCGCAACGAGGCCGGCCCCGCGGCCGGCGACGCCGUGACCGACGUGGGGGCCGAGGGCGCGCGGCACCGCACGCUCGUCUGCCAGACAGACGAGCAGUACGAGAUGGCGUUCGGCUGCGCUGGGAACAGCGAGCUGUGGGCGUGAUCGGGCUGCUGCAGGCCCGGGGUUGCUGCUUCGCCUGCUCUGGGCCUGUUCCCGCCUACAUGCCUAUAGCUGAUAGUGACAUAUGGG